AUGGAGGUUGGCCCUCGAGUUCGAGGCACCCACAUGCCGGCGAGCAAGCCCACGCUGCUCCUGGAUCUGCGCCUCACCAACGCGACGGACGACAUGCAGCCGACGCGCUGCCACAACUCAUCGUGGCACGACGCCAUGUCCUUGGGCGAGGCGACGCGGAGAGGCGACUCGCUGCGCGCGGACGCGGCGGAGAAGAGUGCUGCGCCGCACAGCGGGGGGUUGACGUUUGACUCGACUUACACGAGAGGAGCUCGCGGGGAAAGCCGGCAAGCGUGGCUGGAGAUCGAGGAGGAGUGGAACGAGGAAGACGAGGACGAGGACGGCGAGGAUGUGGCGAUGCUGGACGUCGACGCGUUUCUCGGGCGACGGUUGACGCGCGAGCCGAGCUUCAGCAUCGAGGACGCGGCGCUUUACGGCCUGCCGGAGGAAGUGGCGACUCCGCGCCCCGCGUCAGCGCGAUUCACGGCGAGCGACAGCGAAGCAGCGGCGCUGCGACUCGCGGUGAUGGAAGCGGAGGUCAACAUAGUCAUGGAGACGAACCGCCUCGUACCAGAGGAGGAGCCUGUGUUUGGCUCUCCCAUGGCUGAUCGCGCCAUCUCUCGCUCCCUCACUUCCUACUCGCUUCCCCGGCCGCGCUCGUCCCAUAUCACCCGCUCCCACACCGCAUCGUGCGACCGCCUGCCCGCGAAUUUCGUGCCUCGCAUUAUUGCGUUGACAGUCGACUCUUCUUCUCUCUCCACCUUUAUCUCCACGCUUCCCCCCGUUUCUCCUCUCUCCCCCCUUCCCCUCCUCUGCUCACUUCCCCCCCCCCUUCCGGGGCAGGGGUUGAGUCGCAUAGCAGCGGGGCGGCUGCACAAGGAGCUGGCGGAGUGGCAGCGCAACCCCCCGCAUGGCUUCGUGUACCACCCCAGUGACAACCUGCAGAGAUGGAGCAUAGACGUGCACGGGGCAGCGGGCACGCUGUAUGCAGGGGAGGUGUUUCAGCUGCAGGUCGACUUCCCCUCGAACUACCCACUCGAGGCCCCUCAGGUCAUAUUCUCUCGCAACCCACCAGUGCACCCACACAUCUACAGCAACGGCCACAUAUGCCUUGACAUCCUGUACGACUCGUGGUCGCCUGCCAUGACUGUCAGCGCAGUGUGUCUCUCCAUCCUCUCCAUGCUCUCCAGCUGCAAGGAGAAGGUGAGGCCAGCAGACAAUGAUCGCUACGUGCAGCGCAGCGGCCAGUCCCCCAAGAACACGCGCUGGUGGUUCCACGACGACCAGGUGUAG